CUGGAAUUCGUUAUUUUGAAAAUGUCUACGAACAUGUAUGCACAACCUAUUAUGGUUCAACAACCUCUCAUGGAUGCUCGAGCAGCUCGAAGAGAAAGGAACAAAUCCACAUUAUAUAAACUGGGAAUCACAGAAAUAGUUGCAGGGCUUAUUUUCUAUUCGGCAUGCAUUGCCAGCAUUUCAAUAUCAUCUGAUGCUGGAAGAUAUACUUCCAAUAUAAUCUUAAUUUAUCCUGGGAUAUGGUGUGGUGUCUUCCCUAUCAUCAGUGGAAUUCUCGGCAUUUUGUCCCGGAAAAAUCCAACAGAAUGCUUAUUUAUUGCAAACAUGGUGAUGGCAAUUUUUACAGCAAUUUUCAUGGCUAUACUCUUCAGCUUAUCCGUAAUUUCAGCCCUUAUCGUUGCUGGCUAUUUUUUUCUGACUGCAUUGCAAGCACUUAAUUGUAUUGGCAGCUUUGCUCUUUUCGUAGUGGCUAUUAUUCAUUCUGCAUAUUGCUGCUCUGGGAGUUGCUGUUACUCGCCUUCGCAACAAUUAUCUUCAGGCUCAAAUUAUGCUCAUGGUCAACGGUUUAUUCAACUACCAAAUGGUCAGUUCGUUCUCGUUCAAAAUCAGCCAUUUGUUAAUAACCAACCCGCUCUACAUGCAGCACCUCUAUGGCAACCCCAGGUAGGCAUUGUGCAGCCAAGUACAUCGAACCAGUAUCCCCAAACUCAAAUGAAUAUGAACUCCGCUCCUAAGCCAGAAACAGGAGCUGCUGAAAACCCACCAUCAUAUGAUAAUCAUGGUUUUGCUACGAAUCCUAAUUAUAUGAGAUCAUAUAGUAUUGCUUUACUGGAAUUCAUUAUUUUGAAAAUGUCUAGGAACAUGUAUGCAUCACCUAUCAUGGUUCAACAACCUUUUCAACCUCUUAUGGAUUCUCAAGCAACUCGAAGAGAAAGAAACAAAUCUAUAUUAUUUAAACUAGGAAUCACAGAAAUAGUUGCAGGGAAUAUUUUCAUCUUGGCCUGCAUUACCAGCAUUGUAAUUUCACCAUUUUAUGCUGGUGGAAGAUAUACCUCCGAUGUAAUCUUUGUUUCUUCUGGAAUUUGGUGUGGUAUCUUUCCUAUCAUCAGUGGAAUUCUCGGUGUCUUGUCCCGGAAAAAUCCAACCCAAUGCUUAUUUAUUGCAAACAUGGUGAUGGGAAUUUUUACAGCAAUUUUCAUGGCUAUACUAUUCAGCUUAUCCAUAGUUUCAGCCCUCGUCAUUUAUGGCUAUUUCUUGACUGCAUUGCAAGCGCUUAAUUGUAUUGGCAGCUUUGCUCUUUUUGUAGUAGCUAUUAUUCAUUCUGCAUAUUGCUGCUCUGGAAGUUGCUGUUACUCGCCUUCGCAACAAUUACCUUCAGGCUCAAAUUAUGCUCAUGGUCAACGAUUUAUUCAAUUACCUAAUGGUCAGUUCGUUCUCGUUCAAAAUCAGCCAUUUGUUAAUAACCAACCUGCUCUACAUGCAGCACCUCUAUGGCAACCCCAUGUAGGCAUCGUGCAACCAAGUACAUCGAACCAGUAUCCCCAAACUCAAAUGAAUAUGAACUUCACUCCUAAGCCAGAAACAGGAGCUGCUGAAGCUCCACCAUUAUAUGAUAAUCAUGGUUUUGCUGCAAAUCCUAAUUAUAUGUGAUUCGAUUGCUAGUAUAUAGCUAUAUUCUUCCGAAUAUUCAUUUAAUCGCUUCGUCCUAUGCUCUUUCCCCACUUUGCAUUUUCAUUUUGCUCAUACCUUGGCGUGUAUAAACAGUAGUAUUUGCCUAUAUCAUUCCACUGCUACGAUCAUGAGUUUGUACAAUAUGAUAUAUUGCUAUUCACUGAGGUCUAUUGCUCGAUUGAUGAAAUGUAAUGAAAAUAAUGUUGCCUUAUUUUAUUGGCCAAAUGUUGGAAAUUUUCCUUGUCGUAGUAUUUGAAUAUUAUUUUCUACCUUAUUCACUGCUUGUCUCAUGCUUAUUUUUGUCCAUAUAGUUCACUGUCAUCUAUGUAAUUAUUGAUAAGUGCAAAAUUUGAAUAGUUAACAGACCAAUUUAUUUCUUUAAAUGGAGUAUUCUAGGUAUAGCUAUUAUUCGUACGUUUAGCAGUUUCAAUUUUUAAAAUUGUAAUGUAUUAUUUUAUAUGUUAGUGUCUAAAAGAUAUUUUAAAAGCUAUUGCAAUUUCUAAGCUGUUCUAAGUAUUUAAAGAUUUGGGUUACUUGGUCAUUUUUAUGCACAUGCACAAAAAAUAUUGCCAAUGCUAUGUGUAUACAACUGAGACUGUUUAAAAAAAUUAUAUUAUUAAUGCCUUUCCCCUGUGAUAUGACACAUUCCUUUUUCUAGGAGAUCAUAUGUAUCGCUUGUUUGUAAAUUUACAUAUGCUUGGUUUAUAAUGAUAUCAACCACAUUAGUUGUCUUAUUUUUCUUAUAAUUCACUGAUGUACGGUAUGGUAUCAUAGAAGUAGUCACUUCGGCAAAUAUACCAUUAUUCUGAACAUUUAAUUAAACAGCUGUUUAAUUUGUGGAUUGUGGUUUUCGAAAUUUUCCUCCAUUUUUCAAAAAUUGCUAUGAUACCAUCAUUGUUCACUGCAUGUACUUUCAUAUUUCCCAACAUAUCAUUCUUGAUUAAUUUCAAUGCUUAUUGCGAUAUUUUUCAGCAUCGUCAUUGGAUUAAAUCUUUAUGCUUAGAUAAACAGGUAUUAUUGGGGUUUUACAUAAAUUUAAAGAUAUACAAAUGAAGAUUGUAUCUAAUACGUCAUUUAUAUACAAGGGUGUUCUUAAAGUCUCAAUUUUUUUUUAAUUGCAGAGGGGAUUCUGGAUACCAUAUAGCGUUUGUUGCGCCCUAGGGGUGUAUUGAAUGAAGUAAAAAACGUAGACACUGAUUAAAAUGAAAACAUUUGGGUCCAAGAUAUAUUGAGAACUUCUUCACUUCAUCAGAAAAUUGUAAUUGUGACGAGACUUUACACACCCUGUAUAUUGAAAUACUAAAAGGUUUUAGUCUUGUGUGUUUUUUUUACUGACCAAUGGAUGGCCCUGCUAUUGCCUGUCACCAUUUUCAAAUCCAAUAGUUGGUUUGAUCAAGUUUGUGAUAUUGAUAUUUUUGUAUCAUUUCUUAUGAUGACAUAUUGCUUCAUGUAUCUACAAUGUACAACAUUACAAAUAGUUUUGUUUCGCAAUUUGUUGGCAAUGAUGAUUGAUAGAACUAGGGGUUUCAAAAUCGGAAAUUCCCAUUCCCGUCUGAAACAGUCGCUUCGAUUACGUGCUCGUUAAAAUAGCCGACUUUUUCAGUGUAUAAUGACUUUACUGUGGCGUGAAACAUUCCAUUCAUGACAACUACGAGAAUCGACAAUAAAAAAAAUACAUAUCUAUCGUCUCGAAAUCCCAGCGGAACGGACGCCACUUGUCGAAAAAGCCCACUUAUUUAUUUAACAGAUAAUGAUUUUUCUGUUGUGCAAAGUAAUCAAUCCAUGACCGAUAGGGUAUAUCUAAAAUUAUUAUUUAAAUUGUCUUUGAUUAAACAUGCGUUUGCGUCGACAAAAUUAAGGCAUUACUACUCUAAAAUACCACGGCAAUCCGCGGACAUAAAAAGGUGUGGUAAACUACCCGAUUAUAUCUUGUUUUGAUCCGUAUUUUUGCCGUUUUUCGAAUUCGACUUGCUGUACUUGCAACACUGACUUCGCUCUAUCGAAAUGCUGCCACUUGGAUUAUUUUUAAGAUAAAACCGUUAGAAAAAUCCUCAAGUCUGCUAGUAAAUUUCACCGAGAAAAUUUUGUUUCAGUACAAUAAAAAUUGAUUAAAUACACUUUAGUUUAGAUUAAUUCACGUAUAUACCAUCACAACCCGAGAAUAAAUCGCGUUCCCAACCUUGUAUAAUGUUAACAUGAAAAUUUUCGACGGCAAUUUGAAGAAAUGGAUAAAAAGGUAAAUCCCGCACACAAUUGACUGUGUUUCGAUCUCAGUGACCGUAGGGUUCUCAAUUCCGAGCAAAUAUAAUGUGUGGCUUAGGCCCACGUAAUUUUGCGAUUUAUUAAGCUUAGAGAGGCGUAUUUAAUUUAUCGCGGACCUCUUACAGCAAAACUUAUAUUGUUUACGGUUUCAUUUUUAGAAUAUUGCAUUAGUAUAUUGCCGUUUUUCAAUCUAAAAUUGGGGCGCGUACUCCUUUAUUUUGUCUUUAGCAUCUCACCGCCGAUGAAUGAAGUUCAGAGAUGUAUCGGGUAUCGACCAUUUUUUCUGUAUCGGCAAUAUAUCGGUAUCGGUUAAAUAUAGACCGAUACAUUUAGCUUUUUACUCUGAUCCAGAAUAUUUUAAAAAUUAAGUUAGAAUACGGAUGUUGAAAUUAUUUUAUAUAUCAUCGUUAUCGUGGCACAAAUUUGGGGAGAAUAAUGAAUAAACCUCAACGCAAACGUGUAAUUAGAAGUGAUAUGCUGAUAACCAUACUUUGUAUUAUUUGCCAUUUCGGUGUAAGCUAACAUGAAAUGUUGUGCAUCCUGAAUGAUACUACGAUGCAGGUGCAGAAGGUCAGUAUUACCAAUUGCCCCCUUUUUUGCUGAAAUAUCACAUUUUUUUGAAACUUUUUGUGCCGAUUAAAGAAAGGGCUGUUUUUAUCCAAAAAUGGUGGAAUUGGCAGUGGCCAAUUAAAUCCCUUGAAUACUGGUUUUAUAAUGAUUGAUAGGCAACAGUUCCAAUACAGUAUGUGAUUAAGUUUAAUAACUGCGUUAUUGAUUUUCUCCAUUAAUGUGCAUCGCAUUGAUAUAUGUAUCGAUUUGAACAUAUUUUCAGCUGAGGCAAUUGUGUUCCUUUUCUGAAAUGUAACAACAUUAAAAAACUUCCCCUUUUAAAA